AUGGGCCUCGAAGUAGCCACGCGCCUUUCCAAGCUCUCCACCUGGGACAUCCACAUCCUUGACCUCCCCAGCUCCCUCGGUUCCUCAGUCGCCUCUUCUCUCGGCGCUACGUUCCACCCUACCGACGUCACCGACGAAACCGGUCUCAACACCAUCUUCAAGAUCGUAUUCAUCAGAAACAACAGAAUGGAUUUCGUAUUCGCAAACGCGGGUAUCGCGGAACACGCGAGCUUUUUCGAAGAGCAGGACACCAAUGGGGACGUGAAGUUGCCGGUUAAAGGACUGCACGCCUUGGUGGAUGUUAAUCUGAAGAGCGUGAUUACUACGAGCUAUUUGGCGUUGCAGUAUAUGCGGCGGAGCCCGGGCAAGGAUAAAAGCCUAGUGAUGACGGCGAGUUGUGGCGUCAAUGCCCACGCCGGCAUCCGCGUAAACUGCAUUUGUCCCGGCACGGUAAAGACCAAUCUGCUCACCUCCGAUGAAUGGGCCAACUUCCCAGAACAAUAUUUCACUCCUGUUGACAAGAUCGGAGAAGUAGUACUCAUGCUUAUCGACGGAAAAGACGAUGGAAAUGGCGAGGUGGGUAAAGAGGUGGAAGAGGCGAGCGUGGAAGAGUUGUUGAAGAAGGGCGUGUAUGGAAAGGCGGUGGAGGUUAGUGGGAGGAGGCAUUAUUAUAGGGAGAUGGUAUGUUAUGCGGAUGAGGCGAUGGGGUCGGUCAUGGGGGCGACGAAUAUUGAGGUGUUGGAGAAUGCGGUGGAGAGAACACUAUGA